GUGGUUGACGGUCGAUCGAGGAAGCGAUUAUUUUCGUCGUGCCACGAUCGUGUAGCCGCGCGCGCGCAUUCAGAAAGCAAAGUGGGCGAACAAGUCGAUUCGAGCCAGUCGAAUCGAGCGUUUCAUUUAGUCGGUAAUCAGAGACACGAAAGUUCUGUAAAAGUUAGAAAAAAAUUGCGUACAAGGUGAACGCGAAUGCGACAUGAACGCGAAUGCAAAUUGAGACACACAAAUAUAGGCUGAAUAAUUGUAUUCGAACGAUAGAAAAGGAUUCGAGAUUCUCCGAUUUCACGUAAAUUCGUGUCGUAUUUGUGAAAAAGAAACUAGUGUAUGAGAGAAAGCGAGGUUAGGAAAAGUAGGACGGUGGCGUUGUUGAAGCGACGCGACGCGACACGAUACGACACGACGCGACACGACGUAACACGACGAAAAACGACCCGGCACGAUUCGUCACGACUCCCGACGACGAAACACGACUCGACACAUCGGCUUUAUUCGGCUUCGACGACGUCCUCUGUAGGAGAAGCGGAGGAGGUAGCACGACGCGUAGCUUCGAUUUCGAAUCUCUAGUUUCCCGCAGUGAAGGAAUCGCAGUCGUGGGGGGUGCGCACGCGACUGCCCUCUGUUAGCGGUUUGGAAAUCACGUGGAAAAAGGAGCGGAGCGAAGCGGAUUUUAGUCGCAGACGGUGUGCCUCGCAGCACAGCUUCGAGAGAAAGAGUAAGAGGAAAAGAAAAAGAGAAGCGGUGAGAGGAGUGGGAUAAGGGACGGUGAGGUGCGGUGAGGAGAGAAGAGGAGAGGUGUCGGUGUACGGGAGUUGGUCGUUGUCAACCGGUGGUGAUCGAAGGGUUUGCGUAUUCGCGAGUAACAACCAAGCAAUUUGAGGUUAGCUCGAGGGAUAGCUCGGAGCGAGCGCGAUCUAACUCGAAUCUCUCGAGCCCGCGUCCUAUCGCGUUUCGGGCUCCAUGUUGCCGCUGAUGGAAUGACGUCAUCGAGUGUUGGUGCUUCGAGAGUGAGCUCCUUCCUUACCCGUUCUAUCAAAGUUACCCGAUCAUGUUUUCGUGAUAAAUUCUAAGAUAUUUUGGUGCGGAAGACUCGGUGAACUCGGUGAACUCACAGUGAUUAGUGGCGGUCGCCGACUACUGUGCUUGAUUGCUACGCAUCCACCACCAGAGAGAUCACUUGCGAGGGACAUGGAACUUGUCGUAGCUUCCUGAAUCGAGAAUAUUGAGAGUAUUGCUCUUCUGACCGUUGUUGUUAUUAUUAUUGUUCUUGUUCUCGUCGUCAUCGUCGUUAUCAUCAUCAUCAUCGUCAUCGUCAUCGUCAUCAUCAUCAUCAUCCUCGUUGCGCUGUCAUCGUCAAAGUCGUAGGGGUUGUCACAGGACUUCGAAGAAAAUUCCCUAGGAGGCUUCACUAGAUAGAAAGGAUAAGGCACGUUUGCAACACCAAUACCAAGUUUGGUUACAAGAUCUCGCUCGCUUCGGAUUCAGUCGCUCAACGUCGACCUUUCACAAUGGCCGCUCGUUUAUGCCCGUCUAAACGAGCCAUCGAUCAUGGGGGAUCACUGUAGACACCUCGAGGGGAGAGAGCGUCACGUUUCCCCUUUGACAUCCCACGAUUAGCGGUUAUCUCGGCUAAUCGGUGUUCUGGGGUCUCUGUCGCAGACGAAUCCAGCGCGCAUAAGAAGCGAGCAAAGCGGCGGGGCGGCGGCGGCGUCGUCCGGAAGCGAGGAGCAGAGAAGAAGCGGCGUGGUGCCGGCGCCGGUCUCGACACCGGUCCCGGUGCACGUGCCUCUUGGACCGAGCAGAAAACAGGGGCAAGAGGCCACGUUUCCUUUCGGCCAGGUACGCUCCCACUACGAUCCAAAGUGGCUAAGAGCGUAAGUCCUCAUCGAGUGCACCAGGAGUGCUCGAGCGGAGGGGAGGUGCAGGUACAGGUGCAGCAGGAGAGACGAGCACCGAGGCGCAUGCCUUACCUGGGGCCUGAUAUGACAACCCGGCUAUCCGCCAUGUUUUACACGGUCGAAGUCGGGGACACCAGAUUCACCAUUCUCAAGCGGUAUCAGAAUUUGAAGCCGAUCGGUUCCGGUGCACAGGGAAUCGUUUGCGCGGCGUACGAUACGGUGACAGCGCAGAAUGUCGCGAUCAAGAAACUCUCGAGACCUUUUCAAAACGUUACGCACGCGAAGAGGGCCUACAGGGAAUUCAAGCUGAUGAAGCUGGUCAAUCACAAAAACAUAAUCGGUUUGUUGAACGCGUUCACGCCACAACGGUCCUUGGACGAAUUUCAAGACGUUUACUUGGUGAUGGAACUUAUGGACGCGAAUCUAUGCCAGGUAAUCCAGAUGGAUCUGGAUCACGAACGUAUGUCUUAUCUGCUUUAUCAAAUGCUAUGCGGCAUCAAACACUUACACUCGGCCGGUAUCAUUCACAGGGAUUUAAAGCCGAGCAAUAUAGUGGUAAAGGCCGACUGUACAUUGAAGAUUCUCGAUUUUGGCCUGGCCAGAACUGCCGGUACCACUUUCAUGAUGACGCCAUACGUUGUGACACGAUAUUAUAGGGCGCCAGAGGUGAUCCUCGGGAUGGGAUACAAGGAGAACGUGGACAUUUGGUCGGUCGGGUGCAUAAUGGGCGAAAUGAUUCGGGGUGGUGUCCUCUUUCCCGGAACGGAUCACAUCGACCAAUGGAACAAGAUAAUCGAGCAACUAGGAACGCCGGCGCAGGAAUUCAUGCAGCGGCUCCAGCCUACGGUCAGGAAUUACGUGGAGAACAGGCCACGGUAUCCGGGAUAUCCGUUCGACAGGUUAUUCCCGGACGUUCUGUUUCCAUCGGAUUCGUCGGAACACAACAGGUUGAAAGCUAGUCAAGCCAGGGAUCUAUUGUCGCGCAUGCUCGUAAUCGACCCCGAACGACGCAUCUCUGUCGAUGAUGCUUUACUACAUAAUUAUAUAAACGUGUGGUACGACGAGGGCGAAGUCAAUGCCCCUGCACCAGGUCCGUACGAUCAUAGUGUCGAUGAGAGGGAGCAUACGGUGGACCAGUGGAAAGAGCUGAUUUACCAGGAAGUGAUGGAAUACGAGACGAGCCAUAAUCCCACGACAGUAGCUCAAACGUCCGAGAGCGGCGAAUCCCGGUAGACACGCAAGAACUACUUGCUACCUUUUUGCGUCAACGACGCAUCUAGACUGUCCGAUCUGUUAUACGUACAUAUAUAUACACACACGCAACACGUAUCCCUCCCGUAUACACACAGGCAUGCAUACAGAACACACACAAACCAUAUUUCAAUAUAAGCGUGUGUAUAUCUAUGUAUGUACGUAUAUAUAUACAUAUAUACAUACACAUAUAUGUAGUAUAUAUAUAUUUCGUGAAAAUAUAAAGAUGGGAAAUAACGAUUAGAAAUCGUUUACGUCCAUGGGAAUGAUGUACGUUAAACGAAGCGCCGUUUUCGUUCGAUGAGGCCAGGAACAAAACAGGCGAGACGAAAUGAAUAAAAUUGGAAGUGAAGAGAAACAAGAAAGAAAUGUGUGUGUGGUGUGAGAGAGAGAAAGAGAGCGAGAGAAUGAGAAUGAGAGAGAGAGAAUGAGAAUGAGAGAGAGAUCCAAAGUGAGCGAACGAUAGUGUACGAAAUAAAAAAGGAAAAA